AUGAUGGACGACGCCGCACAGGUUCAGCAGCUGGAGCUGCUUUGCCAGGCCUUCUACGGGGGCGGCAGCAAGUCCGAGCAGAACGAAGCGCACCAGGUGCUUCUUCCGCUCGCCAGCAACCCCGCGAACGUGCCGCGCCUGCAGGUCAUUCUGGCAAAGUCCAACAACCUCCAGGCGCUCCUUUUCGCCACUGCAGGCUUGACUAACCUCUUCACCAAGUACUGGUCUCAGAUUCCUGAGCAGCUAAAGCAAGACACCCGCCACUUUGUCCUCAAUUAUCUCUACCAGCGAGGCCCGGACCUCCUCCACAACGCACCCGAAAUCCUCGGUCACUUCGUCCGCCUCCUCUGCAGAAUCGUCAGACUCUCCUGGCUGGAAAGCGUCAGCAACCAGAAAAUUGUCGAGCAGGUCAACCAAUUCCUCACGGCGUCCACGGCGCACUGGGUCGUGGGGCUGUCCAUUUACACAGAGUUGACUCAGGAGAUGCAGCCGCAGAUGGGACGGCAGAUGGCGCGUCUGCGGCGGACGGCGUUUUCGUUCCGCGACACGGCGCUGCUGGACAUCUUCAAGGUCGGAGCGCAGACGCUGCAGCAGUUCCACUCUGGAGCGAUUCGCGUGCCAAAUCAGCAGGAGGAGACGCAGCUGCUGAAGCAGGUCCUACAACUCACGCACAACUGUCUCUCCUUUGACUUUUUGGGCACCGUCCCUGACGACGCGACAGACGAGCAAACGACCGUCAUGCUGCCGCAGAGCUGGACGAUGCUCAAAGACGAAGCCUUCCCCAAGACCCUCUUCGACUUGUAUGAACUCUGCUGGACGAGCCGCGACGGCCUCCUCGCGAGCGCGACCGCGGCUGGGGGCCCGGGCGCGACGGCGGACGGCGCGGGGCCCAUGGGCGACGACGCGAUCGGGGGCAUGGCGAGCGGCGGCGCGGCUCGCCAGCCGCUGUUUAACCCCCCGCAGCUGCGGAUCGACUGCGCGCAGCUCUGUCUCUCCAGUCUGGUGCUGGUUGCUGCGCUGCGCCGGUCGUUCUUCUCUCGCGAUCAGGAGCGCGCGGACUGCCUGAGUCAGCUGAUUUUGGGUACUUCGAAGAUCAUCGACAAGAGCCUCGGGCUCCACAACGACAUGUGCUACCACGAGUUCUGCAGGCUGCUGGGGAAAAUCAACGCGGCGAACCAGCUCAGCGAGCUGUGCACCUCCAAGGCCUUUGCGGACUGGACGGCGAAGCUCUUUCAGUUCACGAUGAACUCGCUCGAAGACUGGCGCCGACUGCCGAACAGCAAGCACUACCUCCUCGGCGUCUGGGCUCACAUGGUAUCGCCUCUCCUCUUUUUCAGAAACACCGUCCCUCGACAACUCGACGUCUACAUACAACGCAUCACCACUGCCUUCAUCCUCAGCCGAAUGCAGCUCGCGGAGGCCAUGGCGUCGCAACCUGACGACAUGGAUUUGGAGAAUCCGCUUCACAACGAAGUCCUGCGCGCCGAGCAACUGGACGUCCUCACGCAGUUGGGCCGCUGCCGCUACGGCGAUACUGCGACCAAGGUGCUUGAGCUCUUCCACGAGACACGCGCGGCGGCUGAGCAAAAAGCGAUCUCCCGCGAAGUUUUCCAAGAAAAAAUCACGUGGCUCGUGUACAUCGUCGGCGCGCUCAUUGGAGGCCACUGGACCGGCCGCGUCCCCAUGACGUCUGCAGACGACGAGACACAAGGGCCUUCGCACGUGGUGAAUGCGGAAUUGGCGAAGCUCGUCUUCAAGUUGAUCGACGAAACCAACAAGUUCGCAGACACGCCGGAAAGCCUGGAGUUGAGUUACCUGUACUUCCUGGAGCAGUUCAGAAAGGUCUACAUCGGCGAGCACGCGAAGCAGGUUGUCAAUAUUCAGAGCCCCGACAGAUUCGCGGCAGUUUUAGGGGCUGCGAACGACGACGAAGUCCUGGGGUUGCUUGUCACGAAGAUCGGCUUCAACCUGCAGCAGCGCGCGGACAUGGAGGACGUGAUCAAGCGGACGCUCGCGCUGUUCCACGAGCUGGCCUCGGGCAUGAACAUCGUUCACUGCACAGACAGAUCGCCGCACCUUAUCAUUUCUGGGCGCCUGCUUCUGAGCAACCCCACCGCCAACUACCUUCUUCAGCACCAUCGAAACGAGGAAUUCAAGUUCCUCCAUGUUCGGGGGUACGGGAAAUACCGCACGACGUACUACUUCACGCUGGCGAAGCUUCUCUUUCUGCGCAUCGGCAGCAGCGGAAGCCGCGGCACAGCGGCGGAGCAGUUCGAGGCGUUCAUGGCGCCGAUGAGCACUGUCUUUGACCAGCUUUGGCAGCAGACGGCGGACGGCACGAACGUCCAGGCGCUUGCGAAUCCGCAGUGCCGCGCCCCGCUCAUCGGCCUCGUUAGAGACCUUCGGGGCAUCUGCAUGGCCUGCAACACCACGGAGUCUUACUCGACGCUCUUCGCGUGGCUCGUUAACCACCCGAAACAACCGGGGAAAUCACGGAUCCACCUGUUCACGUGGGCGGCGGGGAUUUGGUGGGAAGACUCCGAAGUCAUCAUCCCGCUACUCAAGUUCACCUCGGAGUUUGUUCACAACCGCAGCCAGCGCAUCGCCUUCGAUCAAGCCUCUGCCAAUGGCAUUCUCCUCUUCAAGGAAGUCUCCUCCAUCCUCGUCUCUUACGGAAAAAGAAUCCUGGAGAAACACGACUUCCGCGAUUUAUACAAGGAGAAGUACAAGGCUUUGGCGGUUGCCCUGGAGAUGUUCAGCCAUGCGCUGAACGGCAACUACGUGAACUUUGGCGUCUUCGACGUCUACGGCGACGGCACGCUGAACGACUCGCUCAAGCUCUCUCUCAGCAUGUGUUUAGCGAUCCCUGAUGAAGACCUUCAGUCGUAUAUUCGGUCUUUGAAGCCGUACUACUCUUUCCUCGACCUCGCCACGAAGAAUUUCAUGCCGCAGGUCCUGGAGCUCUCGCCGCCGAUGCUCGCGCAGCUGGUUCGCGCAGUGGAGGAAGGCCUCUGUUCGUUUGAGCCCGGAGUCGCGAUGCAGUGCUGCUCUACCAUUGACAACAUCGUCACGUUCUUCUACCAGAAACUCAACAGCCGCGAGCCCGAGGGACAGGCAGUUCGCAUUUUUCUCGAGUCUCAGCCGCAGUCGCUCAAGCGCGUUUUGCAGCUCAUGUUUCAGCUCGUUAUCACGGGCGAGUUCACAAGUGUUUGGAGCAUGUCGCGGCCGCUGCUCGGUCUGAUCCUUCUGCAUGAACAAGAGUUCCUCUCCAUCAAGCAGCAGCUGCUUGAGCAGCAGAGCAAAGACAGAAAACUAAAGCUGGAGGGUUUCUUCGCGGAGCUCAUGACUGAUGUCGACUCGACGCUGGAGAACAAAAACAAGGACCAGUUCACAAGGAAUUUGUAUCAGUUUUCUUCGCACGUGCGCCAGUCACUAGCAUGA